GACACUUUUGUAAAGCGCAUUAACGCGCAUGUUCCAGAGACGAGGGAGUAAGCCUGGCACGUAUUGUGUUCAGAGUUCAUCGCUGGGGGACGGACGAUAAGGCCGAGCUAGGAUAACCUCUUCCAUGGCUGCGUCGUCGCCCUUCUCUGUAAUUCCUACUUCUUCUUGCCAGAAAGUUCCUGCCCCUUGUCACCGUGUGAAAUUACCGUGGCCCCUAAAGGCUAGAAUUUCGAGGUUUCGAAAGUCCACUUCAAACACCGUUGUCCGUGCCACGCUCGGCCAGAAGAAUGCACUGCAGUACAGGAAGCUUGGCGACUCUGACCUUAACAUCAGUGAAAUCACUCUCGGUACUAUGACAUUUGGGGAACAGAAUACAGAGAAAGAAGCUCAUGAUAUGCUUAGUUAUGCAUUUGAACAUGGAAUUAAUGCUCUAGAUACUGCUGAAAUUUAUCCAGUUCCAGCAAAGCAAGAGACUCAAGGAAGUACGGAUCUCUAUAUUGGUAGUUGGCUGAAGUCUCAAUCUCGUGACAAGAUUAUUUUAGCAACAAAAGUAAGUGGUUAUUCCGAGCGGUCGAGCUAUCUUCGUGACAGUGCAAAAGUUUUGCGGGUUGAUGCUUCAAACAUUAAAGAGAGUGUUGAGAAAAGCCUCAAGCGACUUGGCACUGAUUAUAUUGAUUUGUUGCAAAUUCACUGGCCAGAUCGCUAUGUGGGAUUGUUCGGAUCUUACUAUGACCCUUCAAAAUGGAGGCCCAGUAUUCCAUUUGUGGAACAAUUGCAAGCUUUUCAAGAGCUUAUUAGUGAAGGAAAGGUACGGUACAUUGGUGUGUCAAACGAGACCUCUUAUGGAGUGAUGGAGUUUGUCCAUGCAGCUAAUGUAGGAGGGCUUCCAAAGAUUGUCAGUAUCCAAAAUAGCUACAGUUUGCUUGUCAGAUGUCAUUUUGAAAUUGAUCUUGUUGAAGUUUGCCACCCAAAGAAUAACAAUAUAGGCUUACUAGCCUAUUCCCCUUUAGGAGGUGGAUCACUGACAGGAAAAUAUAUUGAUAUAAAUUCCGAAGGUGCAAGAAAGGGUAGAUUUAACCUCUUCCCUGGUUAUAUGGAAAGAUAUAACAAAUCUGUGGCGCGGGAAGCAACAUUGCAAUAUUUGGAGCUGGCUAAGAAGCAUGGCCUAACUCCAGUUGAGCUUGCACUUGGGUUUGUAAGAGAUCGUGUAUUCGUGACCAGUUCAAUUAUUGGUGCUACCUCAGUCAAACAACUCAAAGAAGACAUUGAUGCUUUCACGGGAACUCAGCGCCCCCUACCCGCGGAAGUUAUGGCAGAUAUUGAACAAGUUUUUAAGAGAUACAAAGAUCCUACUGCUAACCUUUUUUAACUGUUCCCCACAUUUUUUUUAUUUAUUUUUUCCCCCUUAUAUUGUUUUCCCAUUGGAUUUUCUUUGUAAAAUUUGUCUGUGCCUCGACCUGACAUUUCACUGGGGCAUAAUAUUCAAUAGAAAUUUAUAAAUUGAGUCUUCCAAACAAAA